GGAAAAUUACAGAAAGACGGGCAGGAAGAACUAGAAAAGGUUAAAGCAAGAUUACAUCAACGUCUAAAAGAGUUAGAUCCCCUGCCUGAGUUGUUACGAUCAACAGAAGCCAAGCUACAAGAAGCUAAUGAACGUUUGUUGAUGUACGAAAUUAAAAACACAGAAAAUACUAAAAUUAUCACUGAACUCUCUUCUAAGGUAGAACAUACUAACGGCCAUCAGAGUAAUAUCAAAUCUAAACUACAUGAAACAGAAGAUGAAAAUAGAACACUACAUAGCAGAUUGGAUACAUUAGAGAGGAAAUUCCGAGAUUCUGAAGAACAGAUAAGAGAUCUGAUGUCAAAUGUGGCAAAGAGAGAAGAAACUAUACAUCAAAAUCAGAUGAGACUAGAGGAGAAAUCGCGAGAGAAUGCCAGUUUAACACGACAGUUAGAAAACGCUCUGGCUGAUAACAGACGUCAAACUGAAGAGUUUAAAGAUAGAUUUAAUUCUAAGGAAAGAACAUACCAAUCUAGAAUAGUUGAUCUAGAAUCACAACUUAGUCAACUGCGAACUGAGAUAGCUAGAAUUAAACGAGAAAAAGAAGAGAAUGAGCGAAAGUUCAAUUCAAGAUUAUAUGAUUUAAAAGACAGAUUAGAACAAUGCCACAGUACCAACAGAAGCAUGCAAAAUUACGUCCAUUUUCUCAAGAAUUCUUACGCUAAUGUUUUUGGUGAUACAGCUAUUGGACUUCCUCCUACCUCACCUAUGGCCCUGUGAUCACCGCAUCGUGAUUAAUUGAUCACAACAUCAAUACAGUGAUCAUGAUAUUGUGACAUAGAGGUCAUGAUAUUGUGAUGUAAUAAUCACGAUAUUGUGAUGUCAUUAUCACAACUUUGUGACAUGGUGCUCACGAUAUAUUGUGACAUAGUGAUCACGAUUUUGUGACAUAGUGUUUAGGAUUUUGUGAUAUAGUGAUAAGAAUAAUGUGAUCACUCUAUAACUGUAACUUGACUGGAUCACAAUAUUGUGAGAACUUGAUCACAAUAUCAUAAUUAUUUUAUGUGAUCAAGUCCUCACAAUUCAUCAGAAUUUAAGAUCUCUGUGCUCACAAUAUUGUGAUCACUCUGCACAAGAUCGUGAUCACCUUUAUCACAAUAUAAUCACUAUGAUAAUAAAAUCGUGAUCUGAUUGCUCACAGAGAAUUCCUUCCAAAUUUAAUAUUGUCUCAUAUUUUUAUCAUGUACUCAUUUUUAUGGCAGACAUUUUUAAAAUGAUUUUUAAUUUUUAUCUAAAUUUUAUCUCAAAUUUUAGCAGAAACAUUAUCCAGUCCCUGGCUUAGCCAUAGCUUAGUAUAACCAGACAUAAUAUUUUCAUAAAUCUGAUUGAAUAAUGUCUUUUGAAGGUUACAUGUUAACCAAUCAAAUUUUUUGAAAUACUGAAGCGUUGUUCUCCAACAUGGAUAUUGGACUAAUUUAUUUUGGCAGUUCUAAUUUUUCGAUAAUAUUUUCGCGUUUAGAAUCCAUAAUGCAAUCAUCACUGAUGAAGUAAGAUAGCGUGAGAGAUAGGCUUUUUUACAUUUAUAUUAAAUUUUUAUAUGCAUCAUAAGGUCACAAGAUAUUCUGCAAGGAAUAUAUACUAAUUCAACGGUAUAGGAAUUUUCUGAAUUGUAAAGUUAUUUAUGCAAAUUCGGUAU